AUGAGAACGCUAUCCAUCUUGGCCUCCACCUUUAGCCUCGUCUUCUCCUCGCCCCUAUCAUCUCGACAAUCCCCCAAAGUCCCCUUCUUUCUCCUAGUCGGCGACUCAACAACCGCAAUCGGCGGCGGCUGGGGUGACGGCUUCCUAAACCACACCCUCAAAGCACCCGCCUCAGGCCUCAACUACGGCCACUCAGGCGCAACAACAGUCUCCUUCCGCGCCGGCGGCGACUGGGCCACCGUUCUCUCCCAAAUCACCACCCAUCAAGCCGACAGCUCUGUCUACGUGACGAUCCAAUUCGGCCACAACGACCAGAAAGCCGCAGCGAACAUUUCCCUCGAACAAUUUUCACAGAACCUCGGCGUCUUCGUCGACGAAGUCCGCGACGCAGGCGGCGAACCCAUCCUUAUCACCUCCUUGACCCGUCGAGUCUUCAGCGGCGAUCCACCUCUGGUUGUACAGUCCCUUGCCAACGAGCGCGUGGCUGCGAUCUCAGUCGCUGAAGCGAAGUCAUCCAAGUACAUCGACCUGAACAUCGCCAGUGAGGACUACUGCAACGCCAUUGGGCCUGAGGCGAGCUGGAGGUAUAAUCUUUUCAAUGCGACGAGGCAGGGCGAUACGACGCAUUUGAAUGAGUGGGGCGGGACGGUAUUUGGGAGGUUGGUGAGUGAUCUGUUGGUUGAGAAGUAUGAGGAGGUUUUUGGGGAUUGGACGGCGCCGAAUGCUACGUUGAGUGCGUUGUUGGAGGAGGGCCUGCCGGCUUAG